AUGGAAGAAACAAGGAAGCUCUCUCCAAAACCGUGUAAAGAACCUGUGAAAACAGAAUGGGGGUCUCAGAGUGUUGUGUUUACAUAUUUCCAAGGGGAUAUUAACAGCGUGGUGGAUGAACAUUUUUCUAGAGCUCUAAGCAAUGCCAGGAACCCACAAGACCUGAGCACAAAGCACAAGGGCGAGACUGUUGUCCUGAAGAACGUAGAUAGCAUGUCUCCCCAUCAGUGGAAUUUCUCUUCACAUUGCUCCAAACCAUAUCCGUCAUCUUCUGCAACAAGCAUGUCAAAUUCUGGUCUGAAUUUUUCUGCUGCUGGUAUGGCAGGCCAAUACCAGCCAUCAGCUCUGCGGAGUCAUCCAACUCAACCUGCAGAUUUAUGGCCCUUCCCUUCGAUUGGGACUCCCAGUCUUACCAGUUCGGUAUAUCAUCACGCCUUGCCUGACCUGCACGCGGGCGAUGAACCGAUCUCUGACAGGAAAUACGGUUCUCUUCUUGGUCUUCUGCAACAGGAAAGGUGCCUAACAUCCAUGCAAGAAUGUACCAUGAAGCAACUCUCAAGUUCUGCUUGUAUGACUGGACCUGCCGGGUUACAAAAUAUAAGUCAGAGUUCAGCUCCUGGGGGAGAGAGGAAAACAAGCUCUUACCAAGGCUCAGAAAAUGCCAGUGUAAGCCAUGCCACUGCAGGUAUUCAGAUUCAUGACAGAAGACGAGAUUUGUACUUUUAG